AUGCUUUCCUUCUUGACGAGCCGGCCAGUUGCGGCCGCCGCUGGGAUUCUCGCGGCAUCCAGUGUAGUCAGUGCCAUUGAUUCGGUCAGCUUUGAUUCGGGAACAUACGGUACCGAAGAGACGCCUUACCAGACCUACACAUCUAGCCCUGCGCUUACACCACCGGAGCUGCUCAUCUACUCCAACACAUCCUCUGCCAUCACCGAUGGCUAUGUGUUCUUUGGCGUCGAUGGAACCUCGGACUCGGGUCAAAUGGGCCCUUGUAUCUUUGACAUGAGUCCAGGAGACAGGCUAGGCACUCUGGUCUGGACGAGCCCCGACUACAACAAGACCUUUGAUGUUAGUCUGCAAACCUACAAGGGAGAACCCGUCAUUACUUUCUGGAAUGGAACACUUCUGGACGGUUUUGGCCACGGAUCGUACUACAUCCUCAACCAGUCUUACAACGAGAUUGUGCACUUCUCUCCCGUCGGCUACACCGAAUAUGGAGAUCUGCACGAGUUCCGUAUCACCGACGACGAUACCGCCUUGGUCACCCUGUACAUUAUCAAGCAGACAGAUUUGACGACUGUCAACGGAACCGAGGACGGCUACUUCUACGAUGGUGCUUUCCAGGAGAUCGACAUUGAGACUGGCGAGCUCCUCUUCAUGUGGAACUCGUCAGACCACGUUGCGCUCAACGAGACCUACAACGAGAUUGGUAGUGCUGGAGAUGAGACUACGCCCUUUGACUACUUCCACAUCAACUCGGUCACCAAGGACGUCGAGGGCAACUACCUGAUCUCGUCGCGUACGACUUGGGCCCUGUACAAGAUCAACGGCACCACUGGCGACAUCAUCUGGCGCCUCCACGGCCGCAACUCUGACUUUACCGUGACGGACGCCGACUUCAAGUGGCAGCACAAUGCGCGCUGGACCGAUACCACGGCUCAGACGCACAUUUCCAUUUUCGAUAACCAGGGCGAGAACGACGACACGUACUCUCGCGGAAUGCUUCUGGCCAUUGACCAGGACGCCAUGACGGUCACCCUGGAGCAGGAGUUCCACAACGGCGACUCGACCUGGUCCAUGUACGAGGGCAACCUGCAGUGCCUCAACUGCACGGAUCUGAGCUCGGGCAACUGGUUCAUGGGCUACGGCAACCAGCCCUACUUUACCGAGUACAGCGCCGACGGCACCGUCGUCAUGGACGUCCAGUUCGCCGUUGACAAUGCCGUCAACUCGUACCGCGCCUACAAGUACCCCAAGACCAGCUGGGUGGGCAAGCCCACGACCAACCCCAACAUCUCCUGGGACACGAGCAGCGAGGGCGUCUACUUUUCCUGGAACGGCGCCACCGAGGUCGAGACGUGGGCCGUGUACACGGCCGACGCGGCCGACAGCACCGCCGACUGGACCGAGGUGACGUCGGGCACGCGGGCCGGCUUUGAGACGCUCCUCGACCUCUCGGGCUCCAGCGACAGCCUGAGCACCUACAUUCGCGGCAAGGCCCUCGACGCCUCGGGCAGCGUCCUCGGUCUGACCGACGCCACCGACGGCACGUCUUUCUACACCCUGGACGACGAGUCCACGCCCACGACCUCGUCGUCGGGUAGCACCACGUCGGAUGCCGCCUCGGCGACCUCCACGGACGACGAUGACUCGGCUGCCGGCAUCCUGGCGCCGAGCACUGUGUUUGGUGGAGUUGCGCUCGUCGCAGCUGUCGUUGCGCUGGUCUGUUAA